CGCCCAUUGAUUCCCAUUCCCCCACGCUCCCAGGUCGGCUGCGUGCCAUCUUCAAGACGUUCUUUUUUACUUUUGCAUUCCAUCAUCAUUAGUCCACGCUGUGGUCCCAUCGAAAAGCCCAUUGCGUGGCUCUGUCCCGUCGCCAGUUUCUGCCUUGCCCGUUCUUUUGCUGUGCGAAGGCCGCCUGCUUUCUCCUCACCCCCAAGACCGGCUGCGCGACUCGAUACCCAAUCGUUUACUCGGUACGGAGGUACGGCCCUGCAAGACAGCUUGCAAGGCCUCGUGAGGAGCUGCGGGAGGGCCCUCCUUCUCGCCCAGGAAGCAAACUCCACGCACGUGGGCCCGGCCAUGAACGAGUCUUGAGAGACCUCCUCAACGUCUCGACGUCUCGACGACGUCUCGAGGUCGUAAUAAGCCACCUGCCGGCGAAUCUGCAUCAUUACCCUGCCUCUGCGCAAUCCCUAUCUGGUAUCCGCAAAUCCCACCGCGGACCGCGAAUCCCCAUCUGGCCCACUUGCUCCCGGACUUGCGCGCUCACCCCAGCACCUGGGGCUUAUUAUUAGGUGCCUGCCUUACUUUUCGCCAGCGCCGCUUCAUACGACCCUCCGCGAAGGCCUGCUCCCCUCUUCCAAACCCACCGAUCGACCGCCAUCCCUUCCCGGCGACGAAGCAGGAAUCCCUGUGCUCGAGUCUCUCGCACGGCGACCGCACCGCCAUCACCAAAUCCAUUCUGAUCCCCGCGACCCCGUUACGUCACGCGAGGGCUGCCACCGCAAGUACUCCCAGCUUGUACACUCUCGGCCUGCGAUCGCGACUUGGAUAGCUGUGACGGCGGCGGCGGCGGCGGCGACGACGACGACGGCGGCGACGACGACGCCAUCAACUCCAAAAGCGAGCCCCCCAACAUGUCAUUCCGAGGAGACGGCGGUCGGCGGUAUGGCCAUGUGCCUCCCAUACAAUAUCCCGUCCCUGGACAGGAGCAGCACGCCUACCCUGCGAGGGCGAAUAGCUUCAACGCCGGCGACGACGCGGCCCUCAUAGACCACGACCGCCAGGGAGAUGCCGACCCAGCCAGGCAAGCCGAACUCUUCAUGGCCAGUCAGACGGCAUCCUCCGGCCAUCAGCGAUACCAGAGCCAAGCCCCCCCGACCCCGUCGACGUACAACCCACAAGACUUUGGAAGAUCGCAAUCAACUCUGCCCUACCACCCCGCUUCAAGGUAUGCUUCACCCGCCGCGCCCGCCGCGAACAGCUACAGCCCCCAGCCCGCGAGCUACACACCUCCCACAUACGAUCCCUCGGCCUAUGCAAGUGUAGCUUCACCCCAGCGCCAACCGCCCUACCAGGGCUACAACUCAUUUGCCCACAACUACACCAAUUCCUCAGUGUCCCAGCCCUCGACCACCCCGUACGGCCAGCCGGCCAACCCUCCCUACAGUCCUACCUAUAGCCACGGGAGCACGUCCCCACAGAUCCUUCAGUCACCAGGUAGUAAUCCGCAGUACGGGAACAGCCUACCCAGUCCUGGCCAGUAUUCAGCCCAUUCCACGCCGUCUAUAGCCUCGACGGGCUUCCACUCGACCUGGACUGGGAACUACCCUUCGAACGGCACCACAUCUCCCCAAGGCUCCUACGCAGCGCAGGCACCGUACCCGAACUACAUCUCAAUGCCCGUCGGGCCAAACUACUCCGCGGCAGAUCCCAAUGCUUUCAUAAGCGACAACAGGUCUCGCUCUAACUCGCAGAUGUCGGCGCUUCCGUCACCUCCUCCACACACCCAGCCCGCAGGUGUUACGAGACAUCCAACAAACGCGCCUCUUCCGAGCCGACCAGUAGAAUACGCGCCUGAAGAUGAUGAGUGGAACCCUAUCGACGACUACAUGACGCAGGAUAGUCUUAUGCAGGACAUCGAGGCUGAACUGGGAGGGAAUGCCAACACGACACGGCCCAGGCCGAUCAACGGCAGCAACCUGUCUGAUGACGAUCUGGACCGGCUUAGGAGGUACGAUUCGCGUGCCUCAACGGUCCAAGGGACUGGCGGCAACGGUAGUGUCAGGCGGUAUGAUUCGAACGCGUCGACCUUGAACCAUGGCAACGCGACGGCUACCUACGACUGGGAAGACGAUGAGAGCGACCAGGAGGGCGCCGCGGGCCUCGCGCAGAUGGAGCAGGACCUAGAGGAGGAGAGGAGAUUCAGCGGCACUACCCCGCUCUCGUCCGCGUCGUCCGCCCUACCCAUCAUGGGCCAGAACCUGCCGACGCCCGCGGAGGAGCAGGUUAGCGGCAGUGACGCCGAAUAUGCUGCUGGGAUGGAUAUCGGCCUCUUCAGCGGUGGCUAUGCCGGCAAUCUGGCUUAUGGAAAUGACGUGACCCCUCCUCCGAUGAGGACAACCUCGCUUCAGAACCGGGACCGGCCUCUACCGCCUCCACCAGUCGAUCAAAAUCCACCUUAUCCUGACGACGACGACAGCGAUGUAGACUACGGCGCGGCCAUGGACUAUGGUGGAACCGGUGGUUUGCAAGCCCCAACUACCCAGCGGCUCAGUUUUGACGAAGGUGACGAGCGUGUAUCUCUGCAUUCAAGGGCAAGCGCUAGUGAAUCGCCUGUUAAGGAGGAUCUUCCUGACCUCUUCUUCCAUCCCGGGCUCUCAAAUCGGCCAUUACCUGCCUUACCGCCCGGUUCUGAUACGAGCUCGUUGCUAUCAGUACAGUCACCGAACCGCGGGGCGUAUCAGCAUAGUUACUCGCUCAGUGCCGACUCAAGGGCAGCUGGCCCCGACGGCCAGCUCACGACUCAGCAGCAAGUUGAGAGGUCGAUAUCGCUGUCUAGCCACAGCAAUACGCCGCAUGUUCAAGUGCCUGGGCGGUCAAGAACAGACGCGGCAGAAGAGAGAAAGAAGGCGCUCAAGGCCCAACAGCAACAACACAAUGGGCUGCAUCCCGGGACUCUUCACGAAGGGUACGAAUCCGGCACACCGUCCUCGGUUGCUUACGAUAUGAUAACCCUGCCUACCGGACGCAAGAAGAGGUUCGUGCCAGAGAAAUUGUCCUCUUCAGACAUCCGACGUUGUGUCGAGCCCUGGGCGCUGAGCAGCGUCGCCGCUUGGCUUCGGGAGAUGGCCGAGGGCGAACCCGACUUGAAGCGAAAAGCGAUCGAAGACGGCCUCAUCAAGCUCUUUACUACCAAAGUUCCGACUAUGAAUGUCGCGGAUGCGGAGACCCUAAGCACUAUGGUCACGGAUCGACUAUACGACGCCGGUAUCCUGAUCGAGGAGGAAGAAUGGGCCAAGUUUGGUCCUGGAUCUUUGUCCGGUGUCCUAUGGCAAUUAACAGGAUCCGGGUGCUAUGCGCCAAAGCUCCAUGAAAUUGAGAUAUCCAGCAGAUGCUAUUCUCACCACUGCACGAGGACGCUCAAGAAAGCCAGUCUCGACGAUCUCAUGACAGAGGAGUCGACAACACAUGCUGAUUGGGCUACUUACUACAAACUCGACAAGAGCAUGGUCGAGGACAGGACCCCGAAGGAAAUCGAACGGCAAAAUAUCCUCCACGAAGUGGUUACUGGCGAGGAAGACUACAUGAGCCAACUCGACGUCAUCCGGCUUCUCUACAAAGAUCAGCUGCGUGCAUGGCAGCCGCCGAUCAUCCCUCCCGCGAAGAUCAACGGUUUCGUGGAGAAGGUUUUCGGGAAGUUUGAUGCCAUUCAACACGUCAACAAGGAAUAUUUGCUCGCCCAGUUGAAGUACCGUCAAAAUGAGCAAGGGCCGUGGAUCGUCGGCUUUUCUGAUAUUUUCCGAGAGUGGAUUCGGAAGGCAGAGCAGCCCUACUUGGAGUUCUCCACUGCCUAUCCCCUUGCCCAGCUAGCAGUGCGAAAGGAGGCCACACGCAACGUACUUUUUGCCCAGUUCCUGGAACAUGUGCGGGGUCACAAGCGAUCGAAUCGUCUGGGCUGGGACACAUUUCUGAAGUCGCCUAUCACGCGUCUGCAGAGGUACAGUCUUCUCUUACAGACUGUCUUGAAGAAGAUGGUCCAAGACAGUGAAGAGAAGACAAACUUGACCAAGGCAAUCGACGAGAUCAAAGCUGUCACUAUGAAGUGUGACGAAGCGGUGGCCCGCAGCAAGGGCAAGGUUGAUCUCCAUACCCUCCAAACAGCCCUGAUUCUGCGGCCCGGUUUCCAGUCGGUCCUUAACCUGGAUCAUCUUGGCAGACAGUUGAUACACAGAGGCGACCUGACUAGAAUGGGAUCCAAAGGCGUCCGAUGGGUCGACACACAUGCUCUGCUUUUCGACCACUAUUUUAUCCUGGCCAAGGAGUACCCUUCCAAGGAUGGUCGAGACAAGAAAUAUGACGUGUCGAAAGAGCCAAUUCCUAUGCCUUUGCUCUUCCUCGAGAGUAAAGAUGACGCGGCCGUAUCGAAGCAAAAGGGAAUCACAGCACCUUUGGCCCGCCCCGUUGCGAACGGCCCCGGAGUAGCUGUCAACAAAACUCUCACCAAUGUCUCAGAACGCCCUGUACUGGAACACAGCCAGUCAGGGUCCUCGAUGAGCUCCCUCACUCGCAUAAAUACUACGCAAUCUGAUGCGGACAACAUAUUGUGGCCGUUCAAGGUGAAGCAUCUGGGUCAUGAGGUUUAUACUCUGUAUGCGAAGUCUGAAAACGAGCGCAACGCUUGGUGCACCAAGAUCAUCGAGGCCAAAGAGCAGCAUGCGCGGGCUCUACACGCACAGAACGCGGAGCCCUUCCGUCUGCGUGUCUUGGCGGACGGCGCCUUUGCUUACGACUCAUUUUCUGUGGCGGGUAAGGCACCGGGUGUUGCAAUUCAGGGCACUCCUCUGGACCGGGCAAUCCGCGAGAUCGAGCAAGUUUAUGGCACUGGCCGGCCGCCACCCGUAUGCAGGGCUGUUGUAAACUGUGCCACGACCUUCACAGCGUUUGGCAAGUCCUUGAUCGCAAUAGGGACGGACUAUGGCGUUUUCAUCUCCGAGGCCUCGAAUCCGCGAGGAUGGACGAGGUCUGUGCAAAUCAGUAGGGUGACACAGAUCGCAGUCCUCGAGGAGUUCUCCGUCUGCCUAGUCACCGCCGAUAAGUCCCUGAUCGCAUAUCCUUUGGAGAUCAUCGCACCAACGUCCAACUUUCCCGCCACUGGUAAUGACAGUGCCCGGAAGGCACCGCAACGCUUGGCCAAAGACGUAACCUUCUUCGCCACUGCGCGGAUGAAGGAGCGCACGCUCGUCUUCUACAAGCGCAAAGAAGGCAUGCACACGACUUUCAAGGUCCUCGAGCCUGUUUUCCAGCGAUCCUCGGAGAAGCGGCCACGGAUCUUCGGCGGGCGGCGCGGCGGAGCCGGCUCCACGGAAACGUUCCGCGACUUUGACGAGUUCUACCUCCCAACAGAAUGUUACUCGCUCAAUCUCUUCCAGUCGUACAUUGCAGUGGCAACGGCCAAGGGAUUCGAGAUGUUGACCCUGGACAAGAAGCAGACAAUGUCCGUCCCUAGCGGGCUGGAUAUGCCUGCCAUCGCUAACAUCGCCAACCGGAUACGGGACCAGCGCCCGCUGGGCAUGUUCAAGCUCAACGACCAGGAGUUCCUGCUGGCAUACGAAGACUGCGCCGUGUACGUUGACAAGCACGGCGAGGUCUCGAGGACGUUGAUCAUGGAGUACUCGGGUAAGCAGAAGAAGGCCAGGGGCGCGACCAUGUUCGGGCAAUACCUGCUCCUCUUCAACGAGGACUACGUGGAGGUGCGCAACGCCGAGAAUGGGCGGCUGAGGCAGAUCGUGGCCGGGCGCGACGUGCGCGUCCUGGACCAGGGCUGCCGCGGACCCACGGGCCUUGGGGGCAUCGGAGCGGGCGCUGUGACGGCCGGGUCGGCCGACUCCAAGGGCACCGUCAAGAUCGCCAUGAGCCACCCGGAGCUGAAGCCAAACUCACCUGGCGUGCAGAUCGUACUAGAGCUGGUGCUCAACGAGGGGCACGACAAGGCUACCUAGUGGGCGGGCCGGGUUCCCCGGAGGGUCGCAACGGUGUGAUGUCGGACCCGUCCGAUGUGCAAAGGAAAGGGUAAUAUGACAUGAUGAGCUGAUGAAGUCUGUGGGAAUUCCACGCAUCUGUGUAAGCAUCGGUGGACAGGGGGAAUAUAGCAUAUUUGGGGUGGGUGUCCAUCUGGUGCUGGCCCCUCUCACACGCUUCAUCGAGCGCCAGCAUUUUGCUUGUGGUGGUUGGCGCCGUGUAAGGAUAAGCAUUGGCAAAAUAUGCUGGCCAGGCAUAAUUCGUAUUAAACUUGACAUUUACUGACGGGCCGCCAGGCCGCCAGGCCGCUUGGAUGAUGAUGAUGAUGAUGAUGAUGAUCACCAACCGCCAAGAUGCAUACAUUUGUUUGUGGGGAAUGGGAAAGCCAUACAGGCAGCUCAGACAGAGGUCGGCCUUGUUGAAUACGAUGAAGAGAAGGUCUUGCGGCAGA